AUGGAGCUUGAUGAUCAGAUCGAGAAGAUUCUCAAGGGCCUUCCUGAGGAAUAUCGUCAUGUUGUUGAUCAACUUGAAGGUCGUGAACGCACCCCGUCGCUACCUGAGGUAUUUGAGAAACUUCUUCAUCAUGAAGUUACGUUGAAAAAUCUGGUUGUUUCCUCUCCCUCGCUUCCUGCAACAGCAAAUGCGGUUCAAGUUCGUGGUCACCACAACCGUGGUCAGUCACGUUCUCAUCCCCGUUCGAACCAAACUUGGCAACAACAACAGUUUCAACAGCGCCAUCACAACUCCGCUCAGCGUGGUUAUCAAGGUUGCUGUCAGAUUUGUGGUGUCCACGGUCACAGUGCUCGUCGCUGCUCUCAGUUUCAACUCGCCGGUGGUAACUACAACAUGGGAGCUCCCGCUUCGUCGUCUCCUAUUCAAUGGCAGCCUCGAGCGAACUUGGCUACCGCCAAUCCUUGGCUUCUUGACUCGGGAGCGAUGCAUCAUCUCACAACGGACUUGAGCAAUCUUUCCCUCACCAUUGCUGACGAUAUCGGACUUACUAUCUCACAUACGGGUGAAGGAUCUCAAAACGGGGGUCCGGUUGCUGCAAGGGAGAACAAAGAAUGA